AUGAAGCCGGCGAAGAAGAAGCUGGUACCGAACACCAGCUCCGUGACAGAGCGGUGGAAGAAGAAGGUGGCGAUCAAGAAGACCAAGAUCCUUCAAGCGAUUGCGGUAUCGGAGAACUCGGGCUAUACAACAGAAUUCAAGGGGAACAAUGAGCGAAUCAAGGAGCUGGAAAAGAGCUACAACGAGGCUGCGCGUCUCGCCCGCGCCUUGAUGCGCGACGAGCAGUCCUACGCCUCUGCAAGCUUGGCCAUGGGGGAGCAGCUGUCGGCCAUAGGCGCCCCUGAGAAGCUGAAGAGCAUCGCGGGACCCGCCCUGGUGCAGUUCGCAGGCGUGCAGACCACGCUGGGCCAGGCUCGCGAAGAAUUCUGCAAAGAGGCGAUGAGCUACGUCAACGCCAUCGAGAGGUUCACGAAGGAGGAGAUCACCCUCGCGCGGAGGGCCAAGCAACGGUUCAGGGAGUCGCGCAUUCAGUUCGACACUGCCAGCUCCCAACUCCAGAGCCAGCUUUCAUCGAAGACCGACAAGCCCUUGGAACUCUUCUCGGCGUACACGCACUACCACUACGCCAAGCGCAAGUACAACCGCCGCCUGAUCGAGGCCUCCAAUCGGCUGUCGGACGCCAUCGAGAUGAAGGAGUUCGUCGUGCUGGAGCACUACGUUCAGUACAUGCGAGCGCAGCUCGAGCACCUCCGCGCUGCCUAUCAGCACCUGUACAACCUCGACUCCUACAUCACCGAACUCCAAAUGUACAUACACAAGCAAAGGGAGCAGUCGGCCGAGCAGAAGGCGCAAAAGGAGGAGCUCAAGCGGCAGCGCGCAAUCCUCGCCGAGCAGAACAAGUAUCGGCCGCUCGUUGAGUUGCUGGCCAACCCCGAUUUGGCGGUGGUGGGCGCCAUUUGCGUGUCGGCGGGGGCGGACCAAGCCCAGACGCUGGAGACGUUGGUGCAGAUCUUGGACGCCUACAAGCUCACGCUGCCCAUCAUCUACAUCGGAAUCACCAAAGAGGUCAGCGAAACCGACACGGCAGCGACUCUGUUCCGAGGCAACACCACGGCGACGAAGCUGAUGACGGCCUUCACGCGCCUCACCGGCCGACCCUACAUGCUGGCCACCCUCCAGAGCCUCAUGAACGAAUUCAUGGCCUCCAAUGAUGGCUACGAGGUUUUCGCCACGCCCCUGCAACCCCGCGGGGUCCACACGGAUCGCUAA